CUUCAGUCACUUAAUAUCAAAGAUGGAGAUCUCUUGGGUUUUCAUAGUGUUUGGGUCAUGGCUACUAGCAUUAGCUUUUGUCUUAAAAUUAUUCAACCAUCCGAAAAGGAAACUACCACCAGGUCCAAAGCCAUGGCCAAUUAUUGGCAAUUUGAACCUCCUUGGUUCACUCCCACAUGAGUCUUUGCACCAUCUUUCACAAAAAUAUGGAGAUUUAAUGCUACUAAAGUUCGGUUCAAAGCCUGUUUUGGUAGCAUCAUCUCCAGAAAUGGCUAAAGAGAUAUUGAAAACACAUGAUGCUAUCUUUGCAUCUCGUCCCGCAUUAGCUGCUGGUAAGUACACUAGUUUUAACUACUCAGACAUGACAUGGGCACCUUACGGUGCAUAUUGGCGUCAAGCUAGAAAAAUUUACCUAACUGAGAUAUUUAGUCCCAAGAGGCUUGAUUCAUUGGAGUAUAUUCGUAUUGAGGAAAGACAAACUUUAAUUUCUCGUCUUUUUCCUCACUCAGGAAAGCCAAUUUUUCUUAGAGACCAUUUACCUCGAUUUACUCUUAGUACUAUAAGUAGGUUGGUUAUGAGUGACAAAUAUUGUAGUGAUCAGUCAAACUCAGAUACUUCAUCAAUAGUAACACUUGAAAGAUUGCAAUGGAUGUUGGAUGAGUGGUUUGUUCUAGGUGGGGUGAUUAAUCUCGGAGAUUGGAUACCUUGGCUUAGUUGGUUUGACUUGCAAGGAUACGUAAAGCGAAUGAAGGCCUUAGGGAAGAAUUUCACAGAAUUUUACAAAUAUGUACUUGACGAUCACAACACAAUAAAGAUGCAAAAAGCAGGGGAUUUUGUUCCCAAGGAUAUGGUUGAUGCUCUGUUGCACCUUGCUGAUGACCCUAAUCUUGAAGUUCAGCUUACUUCUGAUCGCAUGAUGGGACUAAUGCAUGUAAGUUCUGUUAUUUCCGAUACAAGUAGAAUAUUUUCUUAAUUUGU